AAUUAUGAUAUUGAUAAUAUCAUAAUGAAAUAUAAACUUCCAAGAAGUAAUAUUCAACAAAUCAUUAUGAUCAUUAUUUUUAUGAUUCCAUUCAUACACUAUCAAUGAAGUUCAAUAAAAAGUCUACUGAAAUUGCUGCAAAUAAUCAAUGUCCUCAGAAUUUCGAUCUUACAUGUGAGUUUCAUUUGAAUCCAAGUAAUCAUCAAUCAAAUGUAAAUUUAAUGAAUUCUAGUUUAUCUAAUUCUGUAGAUAAAUCAGUAUCUAAUCCAAUAUGUAAUGACUCAUAUUUAUAUGAUACAACCAUAAAUCAAUUGUUGACUUUGAAAUCGGCUACUAUCAAGAAACAACAUACAAAUACAUCUAUUUGUUCUAAAACUCCAUUUAUUUCCAAAACACAAGAUCCAUUCAAUACAAUAGGAUAUGAAACAGGUCAAGUAAAUACAAAUCAUGAAUUUUAUCCUGAAAUAAUCAAAUGCGAUAGUAAAACAUUACCAUUGUGUAAGUUACAAAGUAAAACAAUACCAUCUAUGCAAACAGUACCGCAUUUCAUAUAUAUAAGUAAUCCUAGUAAUGAUAAUAAUAAUAAUAAUAAUAAUAAUAAUACGGAUGGUAAUAAUCAAAUGACCGAAUUAAAUACAUUUACUUCAACUAAAAAUAUUCCAUCUGCUCAACCAGUAAACUAUGAACAAGUAAUAAAUAGAACUUGUGAGCAUAUAUUAGAGAAUAAUCAGUAUAUCUGUCCUAAUAUUUGUAUUAAUUCAUCAUCAACAUCAUUAUGUGAAUGUAAAAGAGGUGAUAGUGAUUUUGAUUUUAGUAAUAUUCUAUUUAAUAAUCCACCAGAUUAUUAUCCAAUUCAUAAAAUUCACGGUCAUCAACAAUCAAUUCAUGUACAAACAGAACAACAACAACAACAGCAAUAUGGAUUUAGAAAAUUUAUUACACAUGAGAAUAGAGAUGAGAAAUGUAAUUCAAUGGCAUCAUGUAUGAUAAAUUAUGAAGCUGGUGAAAAUGUAACACGUUCAAGGAUAAAUUUGUCAAAAUAUUUUAAAUGCUGUCAUAGGUUAACAAUGAUACUGAUUUGUCUUUUAAUUUUUAUUUGUCUUUGUUACCGAAUUAUUGAUUAUUUCAAUCGACAUGAAAUGAUGAAAUCACUUUUUGUAUAUAAUAAAUUCCCUUUAUCUAAACAAUCUUCUUAUAAUCAUAUUGAUGAUAAUGGAAAUAAUAAAUUAUUAUCAUUAAUGCAUAAAGAAGAACAGAACAUAUCAGAUUGGUUUACAAUUACUUUGUGUAAUUUAAAUCCUAUACGUGGAAGCGCAUUAUUCACUGUAGAAAAUGGUUCGGAAAUCUACGAUCAUAUUAUUAAAAUUCGUCAGAAUGAAAUAGAUUUCACUGGUAUAACUAAAAUAGUGAAUAACAAUAACGCUCUUGUAUCCAAAGCAUUACUUAAACAGACUGGACAUAAAUUGAAUGAAAUGUUAAAAUUUUGUUCUACUGGAAAUGAAAAAUGUUCACAUCGAAAUUUCACAUCUGUACUAACUAUAUAUGGACAGUGUUAUCGUAUGAAUCUGCAACCGUCAGUCUAUGAAGUUAGAAUUGUGUUAGAUUCACAAGAUUACGAUUACAUCAUACCUCAUAAAGGAUUAAUCGGAUUCCGUUUAUGGAUACAUCCUAGCGAACAAAAAGCAUCUUAUAUUCUUGAUCUGAAAGACGAUAAAGAUAAUCCGUGGAAAAAUACACAAAAUGAAAACGUAAUAGAUUUCAAUUCAUUACAACAAUCAAACAUUAUACAAUCGAAUGAGAUCACUGUUAGUACAGAAUUCCAAACACUAAUACGUGUGGCUUUAGAUAUGAAUGUUCAUUAUAAACGAAUCAAUACGAAGAAUGGAUUAUGUUCAACAUCAACGGGAUUUACAGAAUGUGAACAAAAUGCUAACCAGAAGUUACCGACAGAUUUAUUAGAAGAUACUGUUUGGUUAUCUGACAAAUACAAUCAUAAUAUUUGGAAUGCCCGCAUUGUAUCUGCAACACAAUCUUCGAAAGCGACAAUAAUGUACAGUUUACUGGCGUUACGUAAUCCAAAUUUAUUUAUACGAAAUAAAAUUGAUUUGGAACGUGGUCUACGAAUACAACAACGUGCAUUCAUCCAGUUAACCAAUGAAACAGCUUUUAAUGAAUUACGAAAACUUGUUCCGGGUUAUGAUGAUUUAAGAAAUCAACUAAGAAGUAUCAAACAACUACUACAUGAAAUCGAGAUUGGAAUUUGGCGAGAUCAACGAGAAGCUUUACAAAUGACACAUACAGAUUCAGCCUGUUCAAAAAUGGUUAUUGGAUAUUUUGAAACAUUGAUCAAUAUAACAAAAUCAUUUCAAGAUGAGCUAUGCAAAUUAUCAUCAAUUGAUGUUCUCUAUACAACUAGUUUUUUUAAUUGUUUAAAUCAUACACAAUCAAUGUAUGAUUAUCGUUCCCAAUUAAAUAUGAAUAGUACAUAUCAGUUUCCAUUAUAUAAUCGUUUAUCUUCAUUACGAUUUCGUAUCCAUCCAAGAACUAAUAAUCAUACAUCUAUAAUACAUGAUUCUGUCAAUAAUAUUGAUAUGAAUUAUUAUGAAAACAUGCAAAAUCCUUCAUUAAUGGGAUUACAAGUAAUCCAUUUAUUUUUCUCGAAUAUAACAUAUAAUUCUAAUUUAAAAGAUGUUUUAAGAAAAUACUUAAAACUUCUAUCAGCAAAACGUAUGCAGAUGGCUACACGAACUAGUAAUACUCGGUAUGGCCUUUCUUUAACAUCUCACUCAUCACAAUCGUCUUCAUCCACAUCCUCAACAAACUCUCUAACACCAAUUUCUUCUUCAAUCGUUCUUUCUUCGUCAUCAACUUCCACAUCAUCAUCACCACCGUCGGCAUUAUUGUCCUCUUCUUCCGGAUCAACCAUUACAUCACAUUCACUUCAACUUUCAGACAGAACUAUUACUCAGAAUUCAUUAAAUAAUGCAGAAACUAACCAGCCACUAUGUACAUCACAAAUUCAAAUUCAUAUCGAUUCAAUAUACAAGGUAAAGUUAGAAAAGUUAGGAGAAGCUAUUGCUACAUGUUUACAAAGACUGGAGUUAUUUCAAACAAGUAUGAAUUUGAUCAUCAAAUGGAAUAGACAAAUUCUAGAAACCUUUUCAAUCGAUUAUGAACAUUUACAAAAAGUGGAUGAAAAAAGCCUUGUUGCAUUCACUGUUCAAUUUGAAACUAUUGGAAAUGAUAUAAGUAUGACACAAUUAACACCUAUGGAUAAAAUAUUUAAUCCUUUCGGUGAAAUUAUGGGAAUUUGUUUCGGGACACUAAGUCUACUUAUACCACUCUAUUUGGUCGUGGAUUAUUUUUUCACUAUAAAAUGUAAAUCUUCAAUGGAUAGACAAGGAGUUAUAUAAAUAUUCAUUCAGUCAAUAAAAAAAAAACAAACUAACUUGAAUAUUGUCAAAUUGUCUUUCAUUAAUUCAAUUAUCAAUUAUGAAAAGAAAAUGGUGACAUAUAAAUGUAAUUAAAACUGAAUUGUAAAUAGUGAGUAUAUAGCGAGAGAACACAAGAAUAUUUAUAUUAAUCAAUUCAAUAUCCUUUCCAACAUUUAAACUAGUUACUGCACAUACCUACAUAAAUUGUAUCGUUUUUUUAAUUCUUUUUUUUUUGAAAUUUCUUAUUAAUUAGCCCUGAAAUUCUUUUAUGUGUAUAGUUCUUUGAUGUUGUCAUUAUGAUUAUGAUAGAUGUUAUUCUUUGUGUAUGCAAACAAUCAACUCUUCAUAGUUACCAUAAUGUACAGAAGUUUAUUAUUAUGAUCUGAAAAUUUAACUUUUCUUUUGCCCUUGUAAAAUGAACAAUUCUAUAUUCUAUAUUGUAAAUGUUAAUUUUUUAAAGAAAAAUUAUAUUGAAUUUAAUAAGUAAAUUGUUC